AUGACUCUAGGCAAGCGUGAAAUUCGCAAUCAUAAGAUUGACUAUCGAGAAUAUAUGUGCAUAUCAAAUGAAGACUUAUGCACAGAGGGGAUUGGAGACAAAAAGCAUCCGUAUUGGUUCAAAGGUAUAAUUAAUUAUAUUUUAACUCAUUCUGAAGACAAACAAAAUAUAUACGAGAUAGUUCUUUUAUGCGCCAGAAAGGAUGAGGCAUAUCCACCAGGAAAUGCAAUUUUUGAUGACGGAACAAUGUUUUAUGCAUCAACUCCUCAAAAAGAUAAUUUUAUUGGCGUCAAAUUCAAUCAAAUUUUGAUCACACCAACAGCAGUUUGCUUAAGGGAUCCCAAAUUUAGCCAACAAUCGCAAAAUCAACACGCUAAUGCUCAAACAGUUGUGAAGACACCAAGAAUACCACCUCUAAGAAGUUUCAUAAUUGUUGGAAAGAAAGAUGAUGAACCAGCAGAGAUUCUAAAAGAAUGUAAUUAUACAGACGAGCUUAAAGACCCUCCAUAUGAAGGUAUCUACUUUAUUAAUACAACACACGCGUUCAAUAAAAUAUAUAUUCAACAGACUUACAAAUCUUUCCUUCAAACACAAACAUUUGCACUAGAACUACUAGAAAUUCACGGAAAGAUAUCUUACAAAUCAUAA